AUGGACGCUAAAGAAAUAUCUAAACAUACUAAACGUGUAAGAUUAAUAGACACUCCUACUCGUAAAGUUUUCAUGUGGAUAGGUGUCGGUAUUGUAGUAUCAACCAUAGGAUUUGGGUAUUUGGCUUUAAGGUAUUUCGAAUACAGAGCUCCUUACAGAAAAGAUAAUGCGUUUGUCAAAUAUUAUGAUUCUGAGGAAAGAAAACUCGAAAGAUUACAAUUUUUAGGCAUAAUUCCUAAUAAAAAAGACCUCUUAGAAAUUUUAGAACGAAAUGAUUCAGAUUCUGAUGUAAAUGAAAGUGACUUGUUUUGUUCACCAUUAAUUUCUAAAAGAAAAGCAACUGAUGUUCUCAGUGCAAAAUGUAUCAAACAAGCAAAAAUUUCACUGUCAGAUUUAUCUACUACAGCAAAUAAUUUACCAGUAGAUGUGGAUCAUUUUACUAUUAAGAAGUGUGAUAGUGACUCUUUGCUUCUGAGUAAAGUUUUAUCAGAAUCUAAAGAGGAAGAAAAUUUAUCAAUACAUGUUGUUGAUUCAGUAUUAAAUGAAACAUCGAGUAGUUAUUUCAAUGGAAACAACAAAUCAGUUAAUUAUUGCAUACUUUGCAAAAAUUCAUUUAAAUCCAAAGCAGGAUAUCUAUCUCAUAUGAAAUUGUGCUCGAAAAAAUGUAAACUAUCUACUGGUCAAUUGCUUAACGUUCUUAAUCUUCAAAAAAAACAGUUGAAAGAAAAAAAUAGUCAUUUACCUAAGGCUGAAAAUGAGAAUUCAGUUUUAGAUGAUCAAAAUUAUACUAAAAAUGCAUUCCUUAAUUUAAUGCAAGUACAAAAUGUUAAAAAAUGUAAAGAUGGCUCGUUAAAAAAUGGUAAAUCGAAUAAUGCACAAAUGGGAUUAUUAAAAAAUUCUUUUAAAAUGAAAAAAAAAAAGACAAUUAUAAAUUCAGUUCUUAAAGUUAGGACAAGUGAAGAUCGUCAACGAAUUAUUACUGAAAAAGCUGCAAUAGUUUUAUUAGAUGAAAUCGAUGAAAUUAAUGUAAAUGCUAAUAUUUCAGUUCUUAAAUCGUUUAAAUUAUCAGAUCCCUUAAUUCAUUAUCAAAACCAAGGUUGUCAGUUGUGGAAUCUAACUAGUAGCGAAGAGAAAUCUAAUUGGUAUGUGGAAGGAAUAAAAAAUAAAAUAUUACUACAGGAUGUUGCUGAUAUUUCUGAUAAAUUUGAUGAAUGCGAUAGCACGGAUGUAAAAAAUAAAGUAAAAUUAGAAGAAGAAAUUAUUAAGUUAGCGGAUGGUAAAAAAAACUUGGAAGAAUCAAAUACUUGCGAUUUAGUAAGAAAUGUACAAAAUGAAGAAUGUGACAACGUUUCACCAAAAACGAGUCCUAAAAAUACACAAAAUAGCUUUUCUACAAAAGUUGAAAAAGAAAAAAAAAACAUGUCGAACGAUAGUUUGAUUAUUAACAAACCUUCGUAUGAAACAAAUACAGAAAACGAAAAUCAAGACCUGAUUUCCACAUCUACUGAUCCAUCAGAGAAAAAUAAUGUUUCGAAAAAUACAAACGGAUCCAUUUUAUUGGAAGAGAAAAAAAGUCAAGAUGAACAUGCAUCUAAUUUUCUUAGGUUAGAAAAUAUCGAAAACGAAGUAUUAAAAUUAAAUCUUCCAAAAACAAGUAUUGAUCAGGACUGGAGAAAAAUUAUUAAUAACGAAAUUUUUAGCGAUGUUUCUGCUUCGAGUAAAGAUGGAGAAUUAAUAUUUAUGCAUUCGUUGGUUUUAAAAAUCAGAUGUUCGAAUAUUUUAGAUGUGGAUUACAUUAGUAUAUUUAAAAAAUUUAACCUUCCUAUUAUUUUAGUGUUUUUAGAGUAUUUGUAUUGUGGAACUUUAAAUGAUUUACAAAAGAACAAUGUUAAAGAAUUAGUCGAUUUAGCUAAACAAUUUAAUUACUUAGAACUUAUUGAAGUAAUAAACGAUUUAGAAAAAAAUAUAAUUAACGAAGAUAAUAAUACUAAUAGAAAUUCUUUAAUGAUCAGAGAAGUUGAUUUUAACACAACUCUAUUAGCAGGUCGAAAACCGAGUAAUGAGUUAGAAAACAACUUACCUUUAAACGCCGCGGAUAGGGAUCUAUUUGAAGAAGACAUGAUAGAUUUAACUCAAAGUGAUCAUGGUUCAACCUCUUCAACUGUUAGUGACAACGAUAAUGAUUCCAAUUUGGAAAAAUCCUAUUGGAGUUUUCUGCAACAGGAAAAAAAAAAAGAAAAAGAAUUAAAAGAAGAAGAAGAAAGAGAGAGUUUUAUUUUUAAUUCGGAAAUGGAAAAAAUUCAAAUUAGUUUUGAUAAAAGAAAUGAAAUGAUGGAAAAAAUGUUGAAAGAAUUUGAUGAGGAACAACCUUAUGGAGAAUCCGAAACCGAAAUGAAAAAUUGGUGCACGACACCAAGACGUCAAUCCAGGGAUUCGAAUACGAGAGAUGCAGAUGAUGAAGUCAUAUUAAAAAAUGAAACAAACGAUGACUGUAUAAUAAUAUCCAGCGAUUCGGAAUCGCAAACCUUAAAACCAAUUCCGGAAGAAAAAAGUGACAGCAAAAUAAUGGAAAAUAAUAUCGAAUGCGAUGUUCCUUAUUUCGACCCAUACGAAGAUAAUUUUCCAGCUUAUGGCUUUUCACCCGUACAAGUACACAGUCAGUCACUCAUAGCAGAAAAUAAUGCAAUCGAUGAAGAGGAUACGUUGAAAGCUUCUGAUAAAAUUGAGACAUCCACUCCUUUGAGUAUUCGUCGAUCUUCCAGACUUGAAUCAUCCAAAAAAAAGAGGAAAGAUCUGACGGCUAGUCGAAUUAUAAGAAAAUCAUUGGGUUUACAAUCUAGAUCAUUUAAUUCGAGCUCAAGUAAAAAAUCUCGCAUAAAAGGCAAGAAGAGAAAAAGUAAUAAAGAUUACGAUCAUGUAAACGAAUUGUCUGAGUCUGUCAUUCACGAAUUUUCACAUUCAACUAUUUUAAAAUCGUCAACUCCGGUACAAAAUAAAAGUUUUGAAGAAAUAACACCUUUGAGAGCAAGAGAAAUUGAUUCUGAAGAACCUGUAACCCCAUAUCCUCAUUAUAGCGGUAUGGGAGAUUCUUUAUUAAAGGAACAUCUUACAAAAUACGGUUUGAAAAAAAGUCUUAGUAAAAAGAAAGCAGAAAAAAUUUUAAAACACAUUUACGAAGAAUUACAUCCUUAUUUAAAUCAAGCAACGGGCAAACUUUUAAAAAAAGUUAUCUCUGGCACUCCGAAAAAAAAAAUGUCUAAAAAAAAACCCAAGGUUCGUGUUUCUGUAGGUAAAGAAAAAAUUGGGAAAAACAUUAAGAAAACAAAGCAAGGAAAAUCGGAAUCACGUGGAAAAACGAAUGACUUGAAUAAUUCAAAAGAAAAAAAUUCAAAAAAGUCAUCAGAUUCUAGUCAAAACAGUUUCGAUGGGUCUGCAAUGUGCAAUCCAGAAGAAUAUGAUUUUGAUAACAUUAGUGAAAUAUUAACUCAGUCAGGUCCUAGUAAUCCUCAAGAUUUACCUUCUGCUAUGGAACACUUUUUCCAAAUUAAUCCCAAAUAUCAUCAAAAAGUGUUAUUAUAUGAACCGAUUAACAUAACAGAUUUACAUGGUAACUUGAAAGAAACAUUUAAGAAGCAUUUUAAAAUGUCUGACCUUAUGGAUUAUUUAGAUCAAACGAAUGCCGGAAGAAUGGAACGGGCAGAAGCUGCUGAAAGAAGAAUUCGUGAGGAAGAACUUAGAGGUAUUAAAAAUCCAGAAAAAGCUAAACUAAAUCAGAAACUACUAAAACAAAAAAAAAAUCCCGAACCAGAAAAAAUGUCAAAUGAAAAGCCCAACUUAACUGUGAGUUUGAUAUAUGAUAAUUAA